ACAUAAUGUCUAAAUUUAUCUUUUAGAAUAUUCCCACCAUGCAACACAAAUCUGACCUUUAACCUCCAAAUCAACUGGUCCAAACAAGUCCUUAGCAACCACAACGCCACUUCUUCGGACGAUUCAAGGCGAUUUAACAGGUCAAAAUUCACAUUUCUGACGGACCGACUGGCUUCCCUGGUUGUUGAUGGUGCGAUCACUGGGAGCGAUGGACACAGAGUACCUAAAGACACACCUGGGGUCCUGCAUGACAGAGUGUUUAGCGGAGGUGGCAGAGAAGAGACCGCUGGAUCCCAUAGAGUUCAUCGCACACUGGCUCUACAAGUACAAGCAGAAUGAGGCAUACCUCAAACAGCAGGAGGAUGAGAAGGCAGAGCAGCUUGCUACAGAACGGGAGGAGGCGGCAAGAGAGAUGGAGAGACAGGAGAAGAUGAGAGAGGAGGCUGACAGGAUACUGAGGGAGGAGGAGGAGAAGAAGAGGGAGUUGAUAGCCCAGAAGGAGGCAGAGGCUCAGCAGGAGAAACCAGUGAAGGAGACGUCCAGCAUGCCGGGCGCUCCGACGUUAGAGACGGUUACCGAAGAGAUGGAGGCAGCGGAGGCAGCAGCGGCUGCAGAGAAGCCUGUGGAAGCCGAGGGGGAGGGGGAGGAAGCAGAGGCUCCUGCUGAGGAGGAGGGGGAGAAGGAGGAGCAGGAGGCACCUGCAGCAGGUGAGGAAAUCUCAGACUUCAGACAUCAUAGACAAAAAUUCAUAACGUAUGCUGUAGCCAGGUCAUGAUCAUUCCUGGCAAUG